GCUGUUGCGGUGUGUGCACACGGCGUGCGACGCUGUGCCGCGCUGUGCCAGCAGGCCGACGAGGACAACGACAACGAUCGCAGUGCUCGUCAAGCAGUGGUGUGCUCAUGAACAGGCCUACCGACCACGUGUUCGAUAUCCGGGCUGGCUCGGCUCGGCUCAUGUCCCUGGUGGACUUCCCCGUGGGGCUGCAGGCACACCUGGAAAGCGUCCAGAUGGCAGGCCAAGAUCCAAAGUGGCAGAAAGAUGCUGCCGACCAAAACUUCGACUACAUGUUCAAACUGCUCAUCAUCGGCAACUCGUCGGUGGGCAAAACGUCUUUCCUGUUCCGGUACGCCGACGACUCUUUCACCUCGGCGUUCGUGUCAACCGUAGGAAUUGACUUCAAAGUGAAGACAGUAUUCCGGCACGACAAACGUGUCAAGCUCCAAAUUUGGGACACCGCUGGCCAGGAGCGCUACCGCACCAUCACCACUGCGUACUACCGCGGCGCCAUGGGCUUCAUCCUCAUGUACGACAUCACCAACGAGGAGUCCUUCAACAGUGUGCAGGACUGGGUAACGCAGAUCAAGACCUACUCCUGGGACAACGCGCAGGUCGUGCUGGUGGGCAACAAGUGCGACAUGGAGGACGAGAGGGUGAUAUCCUUCGAGCGGGGGAAGCAGCUCGCCGACCAGCUGGGCAUUGAGUUCUUCGAGACCUCCGCCAAGGAGAACAUCAAAGUCAAGGCUGUGUUCGAGCGUCUGGUGGACAUCAUCUGCGACAAGAUGUCCGAGAGCCUGGACUCGGACCCCAACCUGAUGAACGCAGGCAGUAAAGGAACCCGACUGACGGAGCAGGGACCCCAGGGACCCCAGAACCCCAACUGCAACUGCUAAGUUGCGGUGUGACGCAGUGCAGAUGCAACUCAUGCAACUUCAUUUUGUUUCGAGAGGCAACUUAGGAAGACUCUAUCCACCCGCCCUCCGGCCUCCCGGCUAAGCUCAGCCUUCAGGCGCGGCGAACAAAAACCCCGCGGUAAAUGUUUAAAGUAGUUUCUGUUUUUUGGCAUGUCCUGCGCCGUUUUUGUUUCGGUGUAGCUUCUGAGGUGUCCCUCGAGGCCUGACUGCCUCUCCCUUUCUUUUUACUCAUUCGUGGCGCACGGAGUUCCCGAUCCACGAGUGCGUUCUUACGAAACAAGAAAGGCAUCUCGUUCAUCAAUUAACGUUAAAUUCUAACUUCCUCAUUUCUUGUUCCUACUACGUACAACACUUAAAAAGAAAAGACCCGUGGCGAGCUAAAAGUACUAUAUGGUCAGACUACUUAAGUCGCCGGGCAAAGUUUUCAAUUUGAUAAUUCUAGAGCUUCGCUCUGCGAGACCUAUUUACGUUCCAACCCUUGCUUCCCCAAGUUGCCAGAUCGUGUGACCAUUCAUAAAGUUUUGUAUUUGUGAAUAAUUUCUUGUUUUUCUUCGGUAAAAUGCCCAGAGGCACUAACACAAAAAGUCAAUGUUUUAUGUAUAUACUGUAGAAAUUUUGUGCUUUGAGCGCCGAGGCGCGAGUGCGUGUUAUAUCUGUGUUGUGAAAAAAAUGCGUGAAUGAGUGUGUAUGUGUGAAAAUUGUGUGUGUAUGCGUCAUUGUGUCAAUGUGUGUGAUUGGGAGUGUCUGUGUGUGAGGAAACGCACUUUGAGCUUAAAGUGUGUGAUCUUGAAUGUGAGUGGCCUUCACGGCCUCUUACUUGUUUACUAGUUAACUUUUAAUUUCGCCUUCUUCGUCAACUUUUCUACCAUUGGGCAGCCUUUACGAGCUAGUUUUUGGUUUCUUCCCGGGCAACAAGCAUCUCUCGAGAAGCUAUUUUUCUAUUCCCUGACUGUCUUAGUAGAAAAAACGUCCCCCUUUCAACUUUGCGCAAAUUUUCAGGCAUAUACUGAUGCUUGUUUCAAGUACUUGUUCUAAUUUUACUCCCGCUACUUGCAGAAAGACUUGUUCAGGAGCGUCUAUAAAAAGAAAGGACACUAAAAAAAUGGGAUUCCAACCGGCGUUUUCAUAAAAAAUAAAAAGACGCUCCACUUUCCUAAAAGAAAUAACUUUAAACUCGUGCAAGAUGUGGUAAAGUGUGGCCUCUUGCAAUUUUGACUUUUUAAUUAAUUGCUUUACUCGAUAGAGGACAUCAUUUCUUCGAUCUUUAGAUGUUCGACAGGCAACAUACGAAAUACUUUACAUUACAUGUAUUAUUGUUAGGAGUCGAUAUAAGGAGAUGUAUGUAAAGAUGAGCAGGCAUGAUUUGGUAGCUUACUAGAGGUGUUUGGGGUAUUUGGAAGCAUGGAAAUGAUCUCGAAUUCGUUUGCGCUACGGUGGUCACUAAUUCAUGCUUGCUUUGAGUACGUUAAGCAUGUCUCCCGAAUUAAGUAUCUCUACUGUUUUGGAAAAUAGAUCACGCGGCGGGUUUUGUGAGUUGAUUUAAAAUUUAAAUGUACGGACUUUUUUCAAAAGGAUUCUUUGGUACCGCGCUCGGGAUCGUGUAACCUCUUAGGUAGGUUCUUCUCUGAUAUGUGUAAUCGGAUAGAAUUGAGUAGUCAUAUGUAAAUGUCUUCAGUAUUACUAUUCCAACGGGUUGCUACACACCGUGCAGACGACAAGAUGGUCUCAGUGACUCAGUGAAUGGAAUUUUCGUGCUUUUUCUCACUCUUCAGUCGCAGCUUAUGUUGGAGCUAUCCGUUGACAAUAACAGUUAUUACAAAUUCAUUACGUUGUUUGUUGAUUUCUGAGACAGUUAAGUUGAAAUUUUAUUAAGUUUUACUGUUGAUGUUUCAUUUGUUAGGUUGCCGACCUGCCUCGUGUGGUGCUGAGUUUGUGUGCCGCUUGGUGGUGGUUUGCGUGGCAGGGCCGUAGAACCCUUGCGCCAAUCCUAGUGAGAAAUAGCACAUCGAACAGACGGGCGUCUGCGUGGAUCCAAAAGACCGGAACUAGAGUCGAUGCGGCUUUGUCGCGCAGACGAAUGUGCGUUCGACGUCGAGCGAGCUAACAGCUUGUUCCAUCCAGGGUAGUCUGCCGUUAGUAACCAAUAUCACCGGCACGCCGAGGGACUUGGAGGGCUGCCCCUCUUCCGUCGCUCCCCUCCGCAACCUCUGGCUGGCUGGAGGACAGAAUCCUCUGGAGGGGAGUGACGAAAGAGCGUCGGUCGCGCCCUCUGGCGUGGUAAUCUGUACAUAUGAAGGACUUGAUGGGUUUCAGUCGCGCGGCAACGAGUGGCUACAUAUCAAGCGAAAACAGAUAUUAUUGUUAAGUCAGAUUAUAUUUUGAAUAUUAAAUUAUUGGUUGCAUUUGUUAUUUAUUUUUCUCCUCAAAGGAAUAUGUAUUUAAGAGUUAGCACUAAUUUUGUGUUUGUGAGGAUUGUAGACGGGCAAAACCGCUUUGUUGGAAUUGUAACUAUGGCAACCAAGAGUGUUCUUUCUGUUCGUAUUGUUGAAAAUCAUUGUUUUAGUGUUUGUGGUCCGCGGGAUGUACGUGUUUUUUUAAUUAGCUGACCAUAGCGUUCACUUGUUGAUGUGAAUACUAUAAUUAAAAUUGCGCUAUUUGAAAUUAAACUGGUGAGUGAUCCACUUCCACACGUAGCCUAUAAAAAUGUCCCAUUAUGUAUAUAUGUAGCGGUUGUAAAACUCUUGUUUUUGACCAGAGCCCAACCCCUAGGGCCAUGUUAAUGAUCGCACAUUGUUGGAACGUAGCAGCUGAAAGACGAGAAUGUGAGAGUGAGUGAAACUGAGAGCACUAGAGAACUGUAAGAACGAGAGCAUGAAGUACAUUCAAUACGAGUUUUACGAAACAAAAAAAAACAUCUAAAACCUUCUUAUUUCUUCCAGUGUGUCUUUUUUUUGAACGAAUGAAAACGUUUACGAUCGUGUUUCAAUGUUUUGUUUGGGUACCAAAAAAUGAUAAAUAGUCAAUGAAAUAAAUACUGUUAACUAUG